AUGACGGACGCGGCGUCGCCUCCGUCGUCGAAGCGACCGAACGACGCCGCCGCCGCGACGGCCGGCGGCGACGCGAGCGCGAGCGCGAGCGCGAGCGCGAACGCCGAGCCGUUCGUGGGCACGCCCGUGAGCGCGUCGAAGCGGCGGUACGUCGACCCGCGCGCGCCGCCGACGCGGCGCGGUCGCGGGCGCUCCACGCGGCGGCGCGAGGUGUUCGAGCAGUUCGAGACGACGCGAGCGCUGCUGUCGCGGUGGACGAUCGGCGAGUUCUUGAGGACGUACCGCGGGGACGCGCCGAGACUGGUGACGACGCUGUCGAUCGACGACACCGUGGGCGACGCGCUCGCGACGCUCGCGAGGGAGAACAUCCUCUCCGCGCCCGUCGUGGACAAAGACGCGUGCCUGAGCCGAGCGCCGUCGCCGUACCCGAUAUCGCAGUUCCUCGGCUUCCACGACGUCAGCGACUUCUUGUGCGGGCUCGUGGUCUUUCUCGAGCGGACGAAACCGCCGCCGCCGCUGCCCGCGGAGGUCGCGCGGCUCGAGACCGAGAUGGACGCGCGCGCGACGCGAAGCGACGAAGAGCUCAAGACGCUCCACGAUCUGAAAGACGAGAGCCGCAGGACGUGGAUCGCGUCCAUCACCGCGGACGAGCUCGCGACCGCGGGACGGGCGUUCUGCGAGACCGCGCUCGGCGACUUACGCGAGCGCCUCUCCGGGAACGAGGACGGGCGGAUGGUGUACCAGGGCAAGUCCGAGACGCCGAUGCUGGACCUCGUCCGCGCGGGGUUCUUGAGGGUGAUCGUCGCCCCGGGGCACGACGCCGACGAGGCCGCGUGCGUGGCCGCGCGCGAAGACGAGGACGACGCGAACCGAGGUUCCGACGCGAAGCCGAAACCCGGGGAGUGGGCCGCCGUCAACCGCGCCGAGGGCGAGGGAGGAAAGACGAUCGAGAGGAUCCCGGGGGAGGGACCGGGACCGGGACCGGGACCGCGCGGUCCGCCGUCCGUGGCGGCGAUCCCGCGCAGGGCGACGUACUGCCACCGCGUCGCGGUGUACAGACUCGCGUACGACGCGUCCGUCAUGGACGACACGAUGAUCAUCGACGCCGUGGUAUCCCAAUCCGACGUGAUCCGGUUCCUCGACGCGCACCAGAAAGACCUCGGGGAAGUCACGCGUCGGAACCUCCUCGAGAUUGGCCUCGUCGACGACGCGGCGGUCGCGCAAAACCGCGGCGACGUCGUGUGCGUUUUACCCACGACGCGAACCCUCGAGGCGUUCUCGCUGAUGUACUCCGAGGGCGUCAGCGCAGUCGGCGUCGUCGCGGAACCGAGAGGGAAGCUCGUCGACGUCUUGAGCGUGUCCGACCUGCGAGGCUUCGUGAAACUUCCGACGUUGGACCUCUCCGUGGAAGAGUUCAAAUCGUUAGACGCGCGGCACCGGUCGUAUCCGGGCGGCGACGCGAACGUCGUGUCCGUGCGCCCGGACGCGGACAUCGGCGACGUGUUGAGUAAGAUGGCGGCGAGGAAGGUGCACCACGUGUUCGUGACCGAUCUCGACGGCGCGCCGAUCGGGAUGAUCACGCCGACGGAUAUCCUGAGCGCGAUGUCGCUGCCGUCCACGGAGGGCAUCGGGUGGCGGUUCCAGAGCGCGGAGCUGCAUUCGAUCUACGCGUGGGAGUGA